AUGAAGCGCCCUCUCUACAGCAAGCUGCUCAACCGCGAGCUCGGCCUGCGCAACACCAAGUACGAACGCGUGCUCGACAUCUACGGCGACAGGCAAUGGAUCAACGAUCUAGACAUUGUAGACGAGCUCUCAGGUCACUCCGGCUGCGUCAACGCUCUUUGCUGGUCCAAGUCCGGCCAGCUUCUGGCAUCAGGCUCAGAUGAUCAGCACGUCAACAUCCAUUCCUACCUGCCCCACUCCUCCGACAAGCAAUUCGACUUCACCACCACCAUUUCUACAGGACACUGCGCCAACAUCUUCUCCGUCAAGUUCAUGCCUUACACCAAUGAUCGUACAAUCGUGACCGCCUCUGGCGACGCCGAAGUCCGUAUCUUCGAUAUCGAGUAUGCUGGAAGCUCUGGCGUUCCUUCGGCGCCGCCGAACACAUCUGGUCGUGCCAGGGGACUGAAUACUGUAUAUGACGGCGUACGCUACCUCAGCGAUAACUCGGCCAACUGCAAGGUCUUCCGUUCGCACAGCGACAGAGUCAAGAGAAUCGUCACCGAGUCCUCACCUUGGCUCUUUUUAACAUGCUCAGAAGACGGCGAAGUGCGCCAGUGGGACAUUCGCCAGCCCGCUUCCCAGUACCCGCCUUCCAGCUCCAUGGCCAGGCGUGCCUCCAAUGAUGAUAACGUUCCGCCUCCUCUUAUCUCUUACAAGCGCUACCACCUUGACCUGAACACCAUCUCAUGCUCGCCCAGUCAGCCUCAUUACAUUGCACUAGGAGGCGCUCACUUGCACUGCUUUCUGCACGAUCGGCGCAUGACCGGCCGUGAUAAGCUUCGCGAGAAGGGCGCUCCGCUCUCACCGGGGAAGCUCUCUGAACACGACAACGAGCUGAUGAGACAGGCUACUCAAUGCGUUCGGAAGUUUGCACCCCACGGCCAGAAGCGCAUGAAGCGUACAGACAAUGGCCACAUCACAGCUUGCAAGAUCAGCGACCACAAUCCGAACGAGAUGAUUGUGAGUUGGUCAGGAGAAUGGAUCUACAGCUUUGACCUUGUCCACAGCCCUGAUGCUACUGAGAAAGAAGAGCAGCCCACACCCAAGUCUACCAGGGCCAGUAGCCGGGCAAAGGAGUCAAAGGACCGGAAGAGGAAGAGAGCUAGGACGGGGGUGUCUCAGGAAAGUACAGAACGGGCUGGAUCGAGGCCACGCACUGGCGAUGGUUCGGCGGAAGAGGAUGAGGAAAUGUCACUCAUGGUGCACUACGAGAACGGCCAGCGCGAGGAGAUCCCAAUCGACCCCCCGCGCGCACGAAGCCCCAUCUCAGAAGCUCGUGAGGCCGUCCUUCCCGAGACUCAGAAGCAAAGCUUCCGCAUCGCUAAGAAUGUUGUUGCAAUGCGCAAGAACCUCUUCACGCUAGGAACCCGCGGUUCGACUUCAGAUUCUGACCCUACCGGCUACGCCGUGCCCUUGACAUCAGUCCUUGGUUAUGCUGCUGCCGUCUUACCACAAAUGGAUGAGAUCUCGCGCGACUGGCGUUAUCCGGUCAAUCCUUUGGAUGUCGAUGUGAGAUUCCAGAACAAUCUUCGUGAGAGGCGCGGGGCAGCCCGGCGCUUUGUCCAAGCGGCAGGAACAUUGUCGAGAGUCCUUGGUGGAAGGUUACGCACUGCUGGCGGUAACAACAAUGCUGCCCUAUCGCCCUUUGAGAAGAUCGUGCCGGCUCCCCGUGAAGCUCACGAUAUACCCCGCCAUGAACAGUUUGGAUACGACUUCCUCAAGGCCAUUCUGCUUUGGCUGGAUAGCGGCGUUGGAGCGUUGCUCGAAGGGUUCACGAGGCCUUCAGAUGUGACCCGUACCCAUCCUCGUUACCCCGUCCCGAGAGACUCCGGCAUUGAUGCUAUUGACGAGGUCUUGAUUCCGUAUCUACUGGAGAUUGCCAGCGACACGCCAAUCAUCAACAUCGAUACCUCGCGUUUUGAGACGGACGAAAAUCGCGUCGUUUUUUCCACCGAAAAAGCUGCUGUCAUAUCCUUUGCGCAGGCGCUCAAGAUACCUUUUGCAGACUUAUCGAGCGCAGUCGUCCCGGCUUCCCCCGGCGGUGGAGGCGGUAGCUCUGCCCCUGAGGCCAUCGGAGCGCAAGACCGAAAAGCGGCCCUGAGGUUCUGGGGAUUUAAGGUCGGGAGGGGUGUUCUGAUGAACGCUGGUCAGAGCGUCGACUUCGCCCUUGUAGACACCGCUUUCGGAGGACUAGGCAGGGGUGAUGCGAGCGUAAGACAAGAUGAGGCCAGGAUUCGCAGAGCUUGGCAGAACAUUGAUCCCGACGAAGACGAGGAGGUCGUGGAAAGUGCUCGACUUGUUCGCCGCACUAGAACAUCUGCGUCCGAAAACGGAGAUGCUGCGGAUGAUGGAGAGAACGCGGGAAGCGAAGAGGAGCCCUUACUUCUGGACGAACUCAGCGAGAUCAUCGCUGGACAUAAUGAGGGCCAACAAGAUGAUGAGAACGAAGACGACGAUGAUGCAGGCGAUGACGAUGACCGGUCGGAAGAUGAGAGUGAUGAAGAUGACGACGACGAUGAUGGGCCCACCAGCAUUCUAUUCCGUUCUGCAUUCGAACGUUCAAGGUUGAAAGAGAAAGUUGAGGUUGAUAAACCUUGUUUACCGCAUACUCGUCAAUACCGCGGUCACUGUAAUGUUAAGACUGUCAAGGAUGUCAACUUCUUUGGCUUGGAGGAUGAGUAUGUCGUCAGCGGUAGUGAUUCCGGUCACGUCUUUAUCUGGGAUAAGAAGACCAUGCAGAUCGUCAACAUCCUCGAGGGCGACGGAGAGGUUGUCAACGUGGUCCAAGGUCAUCCAUACGAGCCUAUGAUAGCGGUAUCUGGCAUCGAUCAUACCGUCAAGGUCUUCAGUCCCGAUGCGCGUGCUCGCAGGAACGCUCGUCUCGGCAUCGGCGUCACUCCCGGUGACGCUUCGCAGUUCUCGUCCAUCUCUUUCGGUCGCUUACGCCGUGCCCGUCCGUCUCAUUCUCAGCCGUCCGCCGAGGACGUUGAUACGACCAGGGUCCCUGAAGGCGAUGAAGAUGAAGACAAGGAUGCCACGAGUAACGGGCUUCCUAGUCGCCGCCGCAUGCAUGACGAGUAUCGCAUCACGUCUGAAAAUGACGUCAACCGCGUUGGCGGAAGCCGUGAGAAUUUCAUUACUGUGAGUAUCCGUCAUCUGCCGGACCGCAUCUACUAUCCCUUCAUCCUUAUUGCUGGUGCCCUCGGCCGCGGAAUGCUCGCCGAGCUGGCCCAACGUUUCUACAUGAAUCCGGAUGGCGACGACGAUGAUCCAGAUGGAGGUCCACAUCAAAUAAUAGUCAGUGAGGAGAAUUGCACGGUAAUGUGA